CCCGAAGGAACUUGAUACUUUUUUGUUGAUUCGCAUAAAGCUGCCAAGUUGAAGAAACCCUCAACACUGGAAUAUAGGCUGAGAUGGGAAAAACUAAACAAUCAAAGACAUCCAUCACCCCUCCAGCAGAGACCGAUCAAUCUACUUUGAAGAAACAUGGAAAGUCAACAACCAAAUCACUUAAAGCUGCCACUUUGAAGACACCUCACUCACUUCAGCCGGUAAAAACUACUGAGUCAUUGAUGUCAAACGGCCAAGAGAAAUCUGCAAAAAAAUGUACGCGUAUCACUUUCAAGUUUAAGAAACAAGACGGGUUGUUAGCAACUGUUAAGCGAAAGGGAUCAACUAAGAAGUCUGUUACACAUGAUGAGUUAAAGAGAGUAACCAAGUUCAAGAAAUCCACUAAUUUAAAGAAGCUAGCAAAGGUGGAAAAAACAGUUAAGUUGAAAACAUCUGCGUGUACAAAGUUAAGAACAACAACUAAGACAAGAAGGACCCCUGUCGAGUCAGAAGAAGUGUCCAGGUUGAAAACAACUGCUUUUUACAGAGAGCUUUUUAAGAAAUACACCAAUAUAAAGAAACCAACUGUUGGUAACGGGUUGUUAAGGAAAUCCACAAAUUUAAAGAAGCCAGCCAAGGCUGAAAAAAAUGUUAAGACGAAGACACUUGCAUAUUCAAAGUUAAGAACAACAACCAAGUUAAGGACCCCUGUCGAGUCGGAAGAAGCGGCCAUAUUGAAAACAACUGUUGUAAACGGGUUGUUAAAAAAAUCCACAAGUUUCAAGAAACGAGCCAAAAAGGAAAAAACUGUUGGGGUAAAGACACCUUGUGUGUGUAUAAAUUUAAGACCACCAACCGAGUCGAGAUGGACCUCUGUCGAGGUUGAAGAAGUGGACAGGUUGAAAACAACUGUUAACAGGUUGUUAAGGAAAUCCACAAGUUUCAAGAAACAAGCUAAGGUGGAAAAAACUGCUCCGAUAAAGACACCUGCGUGGUCCCCUAAAAAAACACCAACUGAGUUAAGGACCCCUGUCGAGUCGGAAGAAGUGGACAGGUUGAAAACAACAGUUGUUAACGGUUUGUUCAGGAAAUCCACCAAUUUCAAGAAACAAGCUAAGGUGGGAAAAGCUGUUCCAAUAAAGACACCUGUGUGUACAAAGUCAAAAGCACCAACCGAGUUUAGGACCCCUGUCGAGUCAGAAGAAGCUGCCAGGUUGAAAACAACUGUUGUUAACGGGUUGUUAAAGAAAUCCACAAGUUUCAAGAAACCAGCCAAGAAGAAAAAACUUGUUGGGGUAAAGACACCUAGUGUGUGUACAAAUUUAAGACCACCAACCGAGUCGAGAUGGACCUCUGUCGAGUCGGAAGAAGUUGCCAGGUCAGAAACAACUGUUGUUAACAGGUUGUUAAGGAAGUCCACAAGUUUCAAGAAACAGGCCAAGGUGCAAAAAAAAGUUAAGAAAAAGACACCUGCAUGUUCAAAGUUAAGAACAAAAACCAAGUUAAGGACCCCUGUCGAGUGUGAAGAAGCUGCCAGUUCGAAAACAACUGUUGUUAACGGGUUGUUAAACAAAUACACUAACUUAAAGAAACCAGCCAAGGUGCAAACAACUGUUAAGAUAAAGACAACUGCAUGUACAAAGUCAAAAGCACCAACCGAGUCAAAGACCCCUGUCGAGUCAGAAGAAGCUGACAGGUUGAAAACAACCAAUUAUAACAGGUUGUUAAAGAAACCAGCCAAGGUGCAAGAAACAGUUAGGUUGAAGACACCUAUGUGUACAUCGUUAAGAGCACCAACCAAGUCAAGGACCCCUGUCGGUUCAGAAGAAGCCAGCAGGUUGAAAAAAUCCUCCAAGUUGGCUAAUCAGAACAAGCCGCAGAAAGCCAAGUCGAAGUUAGAAGAAUCUGUUGAGUUGAAGACAAACGCGAAGUCAAAACAGAUAUGUUCAGCACUUGGAUGUUCGCAUCCCAGGGUUAAGUUCGGUUGCACUUUCUACUCGUUUCCGAAAAACAAGAAGCUGGCGAGAAAGUGGAUGACAGCAGCAAAAUGUGAUGUCGCAGAAAACAAGAUAACACGGACAAAACUGAUCACAGGCAACCAUCUAAGACUCUGUAAUUGUCAUUUUGAGAAACAGCCAACUCCCACGAACAAGGUUGUUCCAACGAUAUUCUUCAAUGUUGCGCCAAGUUUUGAAACUGAGCCCAUUUCUAACAGUGCACCACACCAAGGGAGAAAACUCAAGAAAAAGAGUCUGGAUCAAGUUCAAGAUGAGCAACCAGCGAAGAAAAGUUGCUCUCAGGAGAACGAUUUUUGGAAGCACUAUCAUCAAUUGAUGGAGGACUCAUCAUCUUACAAAAAAGCUUGUGAUUCCCUGAAGCUGCUUAGCCUCCAAAAUGUCAAAGACAGUGACAGUGUGUUUGAAAUGUACACAGGUCUUCCGAAUUAUGCGAUCUUUAAACUUCUCCAUGACUAUUUGAAACUCGAUGUAGAGAAGGUCAAACCCGAACCUUUCCACAUCGUCGAAGAUGUCGAAGAUGCAGAGAUGAACUCCCAGCAACCUUUGACGUCAGAGGAGGAGUUGUUCUUGUUUCUUGUUGGGUCGAGGACGGGAAAUUCCGCAAGCGAUCUGUCUGUACGAUUCGGUGUCAGUGAGGAGACGUACAGAUUCACCUUUGCAUCAUGGGCUGUCUUUGUGAGCACCAAGCUGGAAGACUUUUACGAAACAGAAGCAGCCAAAGGCGGAGACACGUUUGUAGCGGUUGAUUUUACAGCUCUCUUUUCCGACUCUCCCAGUGUGUUUUGCGUUAAGAAUCAAAACUCGUCCCGAUCUGAGAUCCGCAAGUUGACUUUCCUCUGUUUAAAUGACAAGGGAGCAGUGACGGGUGUGCUAACCAUGCCAGAUGAUCAAGCAGUAGUGAAGAUUUCACCAAACAAGUACUUGGACUUCACUAAGGUUCACAACCAAUUUAACAAUCCAACCAGGGUGCCUAGAAUGCCUGAAAGGAACAAAUGCGCGACUUCCUCAAAUGACAUUGACAGAACAAUAGAUAGAAUAAAACGGUUUUCUUAUCUCCGAAAGCAGGUAGACCCGACGCAAUUAGACAUUUUUGAGCGAGUGUUUAAGGCUUGUGCUUACCUUACUAACUUCCAGAGUGCCUUCCGUAUGACUGGUACGCUAAAAGAGUAGGUAGUCUGAAAACAGGGAUAAUUGGGUGUUGAGCAUAGCUUAUACUUCCUGCAAAUGCAAUACAAAUGUUGACGUCACAAAUGCGCAACAAAUAAUUUGGAAGAGUUGAAAGUUACUCGACUCCUUUCGCAGCGCAAACAGGGCUGUGACGUCAGGAUUGGUAUCGCAUUCACAUUCUCAGGAAGUAUGAACUGGGCUUUACCUACAUGUAACUGUCUCCUUCUUUUAAGUGCUGACAAAUUGCCUACUGUAGCCCAUGCAUAGUCCCAAUGUGCAUGAUCAUCGCGCAAAGGGUUUAAAUUUGUUUUGGCAACACCAGCAACCAUCAUGGUAUGCUGAUUUUGAAGCAAUGCUGUAGACACCUACAAAACCUGGCAUAGUUGACAUGUCAAUAACAGCUUGGCGUCCAUUUUGGCAUAUUGAUUUCAUUUUCAACUUUAUCUCAGUUUCCCAAUAUUCAUUGCGGUAUUUUUUUAAGAUGGCGCUAGUGCAUAUGGGCUACUGUGAAAAAAAGUGGCACCGAUUGUUUUUCGUCAGGUAUUUGGUUGUGAGGGAAGUAAUUCCCGGACUUCCAUGUUUGAUACCAACUUUGUGUCUCAAACAUUGUCCUCUGCCAAAUUAAUUAUCAUUGUGUCCAUGACCUAUGACUGGGUUUGAGUCGGUGGAUUCGACUGCCACAUGGUUUUAAACAGGAAAGCAAUAAGAAAUAGAAGUGAUGUUUAAAGGCAGUGAACACUAUUGGUAAUUACUCAAAAUAAUUAUUAGAAUAAAACCUUAAUUGGUAAU